AUUAUCAAUUAUGAAGGUCUUAAGACAAAAUCAUGCUAUUGCUGAUAGUUACUGGAUUGUUGGCAGCUACAGGACAGACAGCCCCCUCACCGGACACCUGUCCAAGUGUUCUGACAAGAGCUGGAAUUGAUCCGGACAACUUUGUCCCGUUUGUUACCCACAGCAUCCACUCUCUUACCUUGGAGGACAUCAGAUUCUACUUCAAAAGUGAUGCGCAAGAGGAGAACAAUAUUCCAACAGUGAACCCGGAUAUGGAUAGUGAGGAGAGAGUGCUCCCUCAUGCCCCCCUGGCUGGUUAUGAUGACGACUUCUCCACUCCAGCUAUGAGACAGUUUGAUAUGGUGAUGAGAAACAUGGACAGAGCCGACUGGCAGGUGAAAGGUUACAGCCCUCUUGAGAUGGCAACACACGUUUUCCACAUGGCCGAGCUAUGGAACCAAGCUGCUAAACAGUAUGACCUGGCGGCUAAACUGCUGGACCCAGAAUCCGAAGUGUGUGGAUGUAUGAAGGAUAUUGAGAAUAACGGUAUCAUGCAGUACAUGAAUCUGCUGGCCUUCAAGAUCAGAUACCCAGGGAUUACCUCUGGAAAUUCUACACUCACUGCUCCUUAUCUAAGUCCCAGAAAGAAGAGAAGCAGCCCAAGCAGCCUUGGCUACGAGCUUGGUAUCACCAUAAAAUUCUUAAAACCUGUUUGGCCUCGUCUGGCGGAGUUUGAUUUUAGUGGUAGUGACGUGGAGCUGCUGAGAGAUGUUGCAGAGCAGCUCAUUGAUGGAUCUGGAGUUAUGACAACAAGCAUUGACAGCGAGGAACAUUGGGAAUCCUGGAGGAAGAUGGUAAAGAGCGCUAUGAGGCAGGAUCUUUACUAUGACUUGGGCGUUUUCAUGUUCUGUAUGCUCAACUGAAGAUGAACUUUUGGCAAUUUAGGAAGUGAAACAUUUUAAUACAAAAGAUUUCUUGACGUCUAUAUUAAUUGUAUCGUAACGUUAACUACGGUUUUCAAUUGAUUAUUCUAUAAAUUACGGACAUAUCAAUGAUCCGAAGAGGGUUGCCAAAUCCCAACCCCCUAAAUUCGGAGGGAAGUUGCAACUUAUACACUUUAAACAUCUUGUUGUAUGAUGUUCAGCUACAGGGUUCGCCUUUUAAAUCAAAUAACUUAUAACGUGCGGUAAUUUCGGAAUUUUAUUGUUUGAAAAAGUUUGAAUCAAAUGUUUAAAACUUAUAGUGAAGUAGUGUAUAA